AUGGCAGACCUUCAUCCUUUCGCUCCACUUCAGCCCUCUGCGGUGACAUUUAAUGCUGGGAUUGCUUUCGACUAUAUAAACUUUCCAAGGAUUGUAUCAGUGUGUUGGCCGGAAUGCAAUACACAAGCUGGUACGUCUGUGGUGGUAAGAGAUGAGUUACAGAUGAGAACGAAUAAAACUGCAUUCAACGAUAUUGAGGUGAUAACGGGUGCAUCUGUAUUCAACUGUGACCCGACUCGUACUGGGCGUCUGGGACCUCCUAUUGACACCACACACCCGGUGAAAAAAGAACAUAUGGGGGGAGCGAAGGAAAACACGCCUUCUACAGAGGAAACGACAACCUUAACUCUACUUCAAGAUGAACGCCAAACACAGAAACAAAGAGAGCAUUGUAGAUCGACAGAUCUUUAUGUGUCCACGAAAGUAGAAGCCAACUUGAAAUACAAAAAGAAUUCAAGAGAAAAACCAAUUGACUUUAUCCAAGAAGGUUCACCUAAUAGCCGUAGUAGAAGUCGCGAAGCGAGCCAACGGGAUGUUUUGGACUGCGCCAAACCAAAAUUACAUAUGAAGUUUUGCGCGCUUGAUGAUGAUAAGCAGGGGAUUUUCAAAGCGCAGAGCAGCUUUAUCGGUGUGAGACGCGAUGACAAAAAACUUUCACAAUCAGGCGUUGGAAACGUGACUAACAAACAAUUCGAAGGGAGUAUAAAGUUUAAAUCAACGGGAACAAGCAUGGGUCUCAAAGAAAGUACACGUCCACAAAAAGAUAACAUGGCAAGUUUUUCAUGCGAGAUUUGGUUUUUGUUUUUAAUUUUUUUUUGAUGUGAGAUGAGUUUAGCAGUCAUUUAGAUUGUGUUGGAUGCCACGUGAACCUGACAUAGCAGUUCAUAGCCACUUAGGAAUCCUUUGGUCCGUUUGUCCGUUACAAUUUCUAAGAUACCGGAAAUAUGCAUAUUUGGUGUUCCGGCAAAUGAGAAAGAACAACAUAUUUCUUAUGGAAGCGAGGCAAGCUACGACAGGAGCUUAUUAAUGGGCUCCUGGCUAUGGUCAUAAUUCUAAACGCAACCAAUAUUUUGUAUUUGUGUAAAAGAUUUGUAAACGUCUAAAACUUUAGCUUUUUUUUUUUUUUUUUUUUUUUUAAAAAACCGUCUAAUUUUUUUUUUUAUUUCCAGGAUAGCUAUGGUUCUAUCGCCGUUCGUCCAGCUAUUAAAGAAAAGAGACUUCAAAAUCAUUUGCAAAAGGACAAUGCUCGAGAAAAUGUGCGUGACUUGGUCAGAAGAAUCCGGUUUAUCAAAAGCAGACUUGAUAGGACGGAGUCCGACUUCAGGAAGAAACGAAUGCUGAAAGCUAUAGUUGGUUUACGGAAAAAAGUCAAAUCUCUCAUCGAAGGUAUGAGGAAUAACAAAGCCGAGCAAGGCAAAAGUCAACAGAAAACUGGCGCUAGUUACCUUCAUAAGAAAGUGGAUAACAGCAAGGAAACUGCACAGGAGAACAACAAAAAUAUGAACGCAAGCUCAAUUGUAAUUAGCGCAACUGAUGGUAAACUGGUAACUGAUCAAGUUAUCGUGAAUAUUGGUAAGCUUCUAUCUUAUUCGUUUUCAUUUGUUCACAUCUUUCAGCUGAACAUUGUGAUCUUUUGUUUUCUUUCUUUUUGAUCUAUUUGGUAUUGUGACCUAUUCAUUGAGAAACAUUGAGGAUUUAUUAACUACAGAAAUUUUCAGCCCUUUAAAGAGAUAAAUAUCAUACUAAAAUUUACCUCCCUCUUAGGCUACCUCUCUGUAACGGCCACUUUCUUCUGACCCCCAAGGUAGCUGUUCAUACCAGUCUGAAACUAAAAUCUCUUUUAACUGAUCAUCUUAAAGCGUUUUAAGGGUUACUUUUAAUUACCUGCCCCGGAAUGUAAUGCUAUUUUUGCAACGUAACCUAGCAAGCAACCUACUGCAGAGAAUGAUUUAUAUAUUCUCUGAGCGCCAAAACAAGAGCCAAAAUAACAACAACGAAAUACAUAUAAUUCGUGUUAAAGACGAUCUUGAAAACCCAAGGAAGGUAAUUAAAAAUUUUUUCUCCUUAGACGGGGAUACCAAGGAACACUGCAAUUACAAACAAAAUAGCGGAGAGCUCACCAAUGCAACCAAAAUUGAGGACGAGUACAGACCUAAAACAUCCUACAAUUAUGACAUCCAGAUGAAAAAUGACUAUCGUCGAAAGGGUCGUGGAAGCUUGACUUUGAUAAAAUCGAAUGUAGGAAAUGAGUCAUUUCUACGACUUCCAUUCGAAGUUGGAUUAGAUCUUUCAUCUCCUUGCAAGAAAAGGUCUGCCUCCUCGUCUGACGCUGAUCAAGCAGAGAACGGCGGGGCAAAGAAGAUGAAAGUUCUGUCAUUAUCAGGCCAGAAAUUAGUGGCUAGGAUCAAUACCAACACUGAAGAAGUGACAUGCAAUGUUCGAAGUGUCACGCAAUCUAGAGUAGAAGAAAAUAAUGUGACACCAACUGACGAUUGUGCCAUAUUAGCCAGGAGAGAAUUUGUUUUAUGUUACCCUGAUUUCACGCAAUGCAAACAUUGCAAAGAUGAAGGUUACGCAAGCGUCAAAAUGGAACCAUCAGAUCCGCCUUUGGAUUACGCAGUGCAUAAUCAGGCAAAUGACGUAAAAGAGGAAAGUCAAGGAGAUGAAGGACCUGGCAAAGGUAAUUUUGGGGAAGGUAUUGACCCUUUUUAUAUGUGGGGGGCCUUCCAGUUGCAAUUAUUUGAGUACAUACAAAUAUAAGUCUUUUUGGCCCUCUAUUAUAUGUUGGUCUCCAAAUUCUCAUGUAUACCUUCGAGGGUAAUGAGGCUUAUUUACUUGCAAAUUAAAAAAAAGGAAUGAGCUUUGUUUUAAGAGGUCUAUGUUGCCUGAUUUGCAUCUCGUAACGAUUUCUCCCGAACCUUAAGACUCUCACCAUCUAUAAAUAUGGGAAUAUUUCCCGUGAAUUCUGUCACAAGACUGAGUGCUUUCAUCUUGAGAUGCGGCCUCGAAGUCCGCGUUACAAAACGGCUCAGUCUGACUAGCCAAAGGACCCGUUGAAUGUAAUUGUCAGUUUACUUUUUCCUAACAGGUUGUCAAGUGUCAUUGGAAAACAGAAAAGAUAAACAAUUCACUACCGAAAGCACUCAUGAAUACCAUGAAACGGGCGAAAAGCAACCUGAAUACUCACAAGUGUCAGAAUGUAAAUUUUGUGCAGGGAUUAACUACCCGCAACUCGACCAAAGAGAGGAAAAGGACAAUGCAAAACCACAAGAAAAUCAAGGGUCCUCGCUCGAAAGAAUUUUACAAGACGAAGAAAAGCAAGGGUUUACAAGUCCCAGAAUCUAUAAUCCAAGUGGAAGACAAGAGGACAUCGACUUAAUACAAAGUUUGCAAAUCCGCGAGGCGCGAAUUCGAAAUCUGGCGCGAAAGAGAGAAAGGCUUUUAAAUCUGGCGGAGAUCAAAUUCAGAUAA